UCUUGAGACGCUCCCACACAUCCGAGGAGCGCUCCUCGUCCGGAACGCCUCAACUCUUCUCACGAGCAAACUUUUCCGCUCCUUUUUUUCACGGCCCGGGCGGAGGUCACAGCUGCGAGGGCCCCCCCCCCGAUCGGAACUCCUCCCGCUUCUCUUUGGUCCCCCACCCCCGCCCGUCCCGAUCUUCUCGGAAGCGAAGCGCCGCGCCGCGCCGCGCCAUGACCAGAUGAAGAGAUCCAGUGGCCCGCGUCGACUCGAUGGGGAACACAGCGGCAGAGUCCGACUCGGUCUCCGGUUCCUCCGGUCGCAGACGCCCGGACGAAUGCAAAUAAACGAUUGAAUUAUCGAGCGCGUGUUGAGGCCUCAGUCGCCGAUGUCGAGGGUCGGCGUUCGCUGUUGCCGCCUGACGCUGGCGCUGCUGCUGGCGUGGUCGGCCUCGCGGUUGCUGCUCGGCGGCCCGGCGCUCCUCCCCCGGGCCGACUCCCCGUCCGACGCGUGCACCGACGCCGCCGGCGAGGAGAUCCUGCGUCGCCUGUGCGGCGACUUUGCGGCGGGACUGGCGGCGGGCGACAUGUGCGCCGACCUGUGCGUGGGCGGCCUGGUGGAGUACAAGCGCUGCCUCUACUACCAGAGCGGCAAGAAGGUGAUGGAGGUCCGCUGGAGGGGGCGGCCCGUCGUCCUCAAGUCCGAGCUGGAGAACUUGUCCUCCUACCGGCCUCUGGGACCUCUGGACUACCAGGACGCAGCAGGCGACGCGUCUCCGCUGGACGUCGUCCUGCGCGCCGCGCCGGAGAUCUUUUGCAAAUGCCGUUAUGGCGGUCAGGCCGAGGGGGACCGGGACCGGGACCGGGACCAGGACGAGGAAGGAGGCGCCGGUUCCCCGCCGAAGCUGCGCCCCUCGGACCGGAAGAUCUACACCCGAGCCGAGCUGACGUCUCUGUGGUCUCUGCUGCAGCAGGACGAGGUUCUGCAGGACCUGAGCGCGCACGUGGCCAAGGUGGUGGGCUCCUGCGGACACUUCUACGCCGUGGAGUGGUUGUCGGCGGGCCACGCGUGGGACCGGGACGUCUUCUCUGCGGACGGGGACGAGGGGGAGGGGGGCCGGGGGUCGCGGGUCCACCGCAUCGCCCUCAGCUUCCUGGACAUGGUGCGACACUUCGACGACGACUUUGCGCACAAAGUUCAUCUGUGUGACGUCAAGCCCGAGAACUUUGCCAUCCGGACGGAUCUGACGGUGGUGGCCAUCGACGUGGACAUGGCCUUCUUCCAGCCCAAGAUGGAGGAGAUGCUGGACCGCGAGUGCGGCGGCGACGACGACUGCGGCUUCUUCGACUGCGCGUCGUCCUGCGACCUCGGCGCACGACGCUGCCGCCGCCGCCGCGCGAACACCAACCUGCAGGUGAUUUGCCAGAAGAUCUUCGGGCUGUGGUUUUCUCCCACGUUGCUGGGCGCCAAAGCGGGGCUCCCCCUGCAGGUGGAGCUGCAGAGGGCGGUCCGGGAGUGUUCUGAGUCCGGCGUCGGAGGAGGCGCCGGGCGGGAUGUCCACCGGCGCCUCUUCGAUAUCCUGACUCGCCUCCUUCACGAGGGAGGAAAGUCAGACGAAGGUCGCGUUCCGCUCAACUUCUGAGAAUCUUUUGCAGAACUCGUGCUGAGAAUUUGUCAAAAGCGACUGCAAAACGUCGCACGAGACGACACUGACGACCUUCCCGACGCCAGUGGAGUCGGGAAGCCCGCGGUGACGACGUCGCGCCGUCGCAUUCCAGAACGUCAACCGUUGACCUCCACGCCCUUUGAAGCCCUUCAUCGACCUGAAGAAGGAUUUGCGUCAAUGAUGAUUACGAUGGACGACGUUCGUAACGGUGUUGGAAGCAUCUGGAAGAAGAAAAAAAAAAAAACUGCGAUGUCGCAGCGCCCUCGUGUGGGGGCUCACUUAUCAAUUGUUCCAAUUCAAACAAUAAAUAAUGUACUGGGGCUGUAUUACGUGAGACAAAAAAAAAAAAAAAAACUCCCGUGAUUCCCACAAAACGUUGCCCGUCCUGUGAAAAGGUUUUCA